UGCGGAGAGCUGAAGGGGCCGGAGGAGGCAGCGCUGGGGUCGGGAGGGAGGGAGGGAGGAGAGGAAGGCGAGGAGGAAGCGGGGGGUUUGAAUCUCCCUGGCUGGAUUAUCUCCCUUCAGGGGAAGCUGCCAUCGCCGCCCGGCCUCGGCCCCUGCGGCCAAGAUGGACCUGGGCAGCGCCGCCCGAGAGCGGGAGCUGCCCCCGCAACCCCGGCCGCCUGGAGACCUUUCCCCUCCGCUUGCUGCUGCUGCUUCGCCUCGCUCCUGGAUGUGAACAGCUGGCUGCUCUUCUACGGCUUCCUUCUACCUGGAUCUCUACCCCAGGUGCCCAGUCCAAGUCUGCGACAAAUCUCCUGCUUCUCGGGUCAUUGUGUCAACUCCACCUGUGUCUGCGACCAGGGCUGGGGAGACCAGUGCCAACACUGCCAGGGCAGGUUCAAGUUAACAGAACCUUCUGGAUAUUUAACAGAUGGACCCAUAAAUUAUAAAUAUAAAACUAAAUGUACAUGGUUAAUUGAAGGAUACCCAAAUGCGAUACUAAGAUUAAGAUUUAAUCACUUUGCCACAGAAUGUAGUUGGGACCAUAUGUAUGUAUAUGAUGGAGACUCGAUAUAUGCACCUUUAAUAGCUGUAUUUAGUGGUCUAAUAGUCCCUGAAGUGCGUGGAAAUGAAACUGUUCCUGAAGUAGUUACUACAUCUGGCUAUGCAUUGCUCCACUUUUUUAGUGAUGCUGCUUAUAACCUAACGGGAUUUAACAUUUUUUAUUCAAUUAAUUCCUGUCCUAAUAACUGCUCAGAACAUGGGAAGUGUACAACCAGUGUGUCUGUACCAAGCCGGGUAUACUGUGAGUGUGACAAGUAUUGGAAAGGAGAAGCCUGUGAUAUUCCAUAUUGUAAAGCCAACUGUGGCAGUCCAGAUCAUGGGUACUGUGAUUUGACAGGAGAGAAGCUGUGUGUUUGCAAUGACAGCUGGCAAGGUCCAGAUUGUUCUCUGAACGUCCCUUCCACGGAGUCUUACUGGAUUCUCCCAAACGUGAAGCCAUUCAGCCCUUCCGUGGGCCGCGCUUCCCACAAGGCCGUCCUACACGGGAAGUUUAUGUGGGUGAUUGGUGGAUACACUUUUAACUACAGUUCCUUCCAAAUGGUGUUGAACUACAAUUUGGAAAGCAGUAUAUGGAAUGUAGUACCUGUAUCCAAAGGGCCACUCCAGAGAUACGGGCACACUCUUGCUUUGUAUCAGGAAGACAUCUACAUGUAUGGAGGCAAAAUUGAAACAAAUAAUGGCAAUGUUACUGAUGAACUGUGGAUUUUCAACAUACACAGUCAAACAUGGAGCUCCAGAACUCCUGCAGUACUUGUACAUGGCCAGCAAUAUGCUGUGGAAGGUCAUUCAGCACACAUAGUAGAGCUGGACAGCAGAGAUGUGGUUAUGAUUAUAAUUUUUGGAUAUUCUUCCAUUUAUGGUUACACAAGCAUUGUGCAAGAAUACUACAUCAGGUCUAAUUCUUGGCUUGUACCAGAAACAAAAGGAGCAAUUGUGCAAGGUGGAUAUGGCCAUACAAGUGUCUAUGAUGAAUUGACUAAGUCUAUUUAUGUCCAUGGUGGAUACAAAGCGUUACCUGGCAAUAAAUAUGGAUUGGUGGAUGACCUUUACAGAUAUGAAGUUAAUACGCGGACAUGGACUAUUUUGAAAGAGAGUGGUUUUGCAAGAUACCUUCAUUCAGCUGUCUUAAUCAAUGGAGCUAUGCUCAUUUUCGGUGGAAACACUCAUAAUGAUACUUCCCUGAGCAAUGGUGCAAAGUGUUUUUCUGCUGACUUUCUUGCAUAUGAUAUAGCUUGUGACGAAUGGAAGGUUUUACCAAAACCUAAUCUGCAUCGAGAUGUCAACAGAUUUGGCCACACUGCUGUUGUCAGUAAUGGGUCCAUGUAUAUAUUUGGGGGUUUUUCAAGUGUUCUAUUGAAUGACAUCCUUGUGUACAAGCCUCCAAACUGCGAAGCAUUCAGAGAUGAAGAACUGUGUAAAAAUGCUCGUCCAGGAAUAAGGUGCCUGUGGAACAAGAAACACUGUGAAUCUUGGGAAUCUGGACAUGCUAAUAACAUCCUUAGAGCAAAAUGUCCCAAGAAAACAGCUGCUGCAGACGACAGAUGUUACCGGUACACGGACUGUGCGAGCUGCACUGCCAACACAAACGGGUGCCAGUGGUGUGAUGACAAGAAGUGCAUUUCAGCAAAUAGUAACUGUAGCAUGUCAGUUAAAAACUACACCAAAUGUCACGUGAGAAAUGAACAGAUCUGCAAUAAACUGACCAGCUGCAAGAGCUGCUCCCUGCACCUGAACUGCCAGUGGGACCAGAGGCAGCAGGAGUGCCAGGCACUACCUGCUCAUCUGUGUGGAGAAAGAUGGAGUCAUAUUGGAGAUGCCUGCCUCCACAUAAAUUCUAGUCGUGAAAGCUAUGACAAUGCUAAGCUGUAUUGCUACAACUUAAGUGGAAAUCUUGCCUCAUUAACAACCUCAAAAGAAGUGGAAUUUGUUCUGGACGAAAUACAGAAGUAUACACUUCAGAAAAUUUCACCUUGGGUAGGUUUACGCAAGAUCAACAUCUCCUACUGGGGCUGGGAUGACAUGUCUCCUUUUACAAAUACAACUCUGCAGUGGCUUCCUGGAGAGCCAAAUGACUCCGGCUUCUGUGCCUAUCUGGAGAGAGCAGAGGUGGCAGGUCUGAAAGCAAAUCCCUGCACUGCAAUGGCAGAUGGCCUUGUGUGUGAAAAACCUGUUGUCAGUCCCAACCAGAAUGCCAGACCCUGCAAAAAGCCGUGCUCCCUGCGAACAACGUGUUCCAACUGCACAAGCAAUGGUAUGGAAUGUAUGUGGUGCAGCAGCACCAAGAGAUGUGUUGACUCCAACGCCUAUAUCAUCUCCUUCCCCUAUGGACAGUGCCUGGAAUGGCAAACUGCCACAUGCUCCCCUCAAAACUGCUCUGGACUGAGGACCUGUGGACAGUGUUUGGAACAGCCUGGAUGUGGAUGGUGCAAUGAUCCCAGUAACACUGGUAAAGGACAAUGUUUGGAAGGAUCAUCACGAGGUCCAAUGAAGCCUGUUGGUAAUGAAAUGGUGCUUGAUGCUGGUCUUUGCCCAAAAGAGAAAAAUUAUGAAUGGUCUUUUAUCCAGUGUCCAGCUUGCCAGUGUAACGGCCACAGCACCUGCAUCAACAGCAAUGUCUGCGAUCAAUGUAAAAACCUCACAACAGGAAAACAGUGUGAGACGUGCAUGCCAGGAUAUUAUGGGGAUCCCACAAAUGGAGGACAGUGCACAGCUUGCACAUGCAGUGGACAUGCAAAUAUAUGUCACAUGCAAACAGGAAAAUGCUUCUGCACAACUAAGGGAAUCAAAGGAGAUCAGUGUCAACUCUGUGACUCUGAAAAUAGGUAUCUUGGAAAUCCACUUAGGGGAACAUGCUACUACAGCCUUUUGAUUGACUACCAGUUUACCUUCAGCUUAUUACAAGAGGAUGACCGCCAUCACACUGCCAUAAACUUUAUAGCAAAUCCAGAACAGUCAAAUAAAAAUUUGGACAUAUCAAUUAAUGCAUCAAACAACUUCAACCUCAAUAUUACAUGGUCUAUUGGUUCUACAGCUGGAACAAUAUCUGGAGAAGAGAUUCCUGUUGUUUCUAAGGCUAAUAUUAAGGAAUACAGAGACAGCUUUUCCUGUGAAAAAUUUAACUUUCGAAGCAACCCAAACAUCACCUUCUAUGUCUAUGUCAGCAAUUUCUCCUGGCCAAUCAAAAUACAGAUUGCCUUCUCACAGCACAAUACUAUCAUGGAUCUUGUGCAGUUCUUUGUCACCUUCUUCAGUUGUUUCUUAUCCUUACUGCUGGUAGCUGCUGUCGUUUGGAAAAUCAAACAAACCUGUUGGGCUUCUCGACGGAGAGAGCAACUUAUGCGGGAGCGACAGCAGAUGGCCAGCCGCCCCUUUGCUUCUGUCGAUGUAGCACUGGAAGUAGGAGCUGAGCAAACAGACUUUCUACGAGGGCCAUUAGAGGGUGCGCCUAAACCGAUUGCCAUCGAGCCAUGUUCAGGAAACAGAGCUGCAGUCCUGACGGUGUUUUUGUGUCUUCCCAGAGGACCUUCAGGAGUCCCCCCACCUGGUCAGUCAGGUCUUGCAAUUGCAAGUGCACUGAUAGACAUUUCACAACAGAAGCCUGCGGACUGUAAAGAUAAGAAUUCAGGAGUCAGAAAUCGAAAACAUCACCUUUCAACACGUCAAGGAACUUGUGUCUGAGAUUCAAAAACUACAGCUGUAUAUUCUGUAAUGUUUUCUUUUUAAAUGGCUUCCAUUGAAAGCUCUACUACAGCCUCAGUUUUUUAUGGAGGCAAACCUAUGAAUGAACAUAUAAGGUACUGUGCUCUGUUCUAAUCACACAGCCUGCUAUACCCCAAAGCAGAACAAACUUAUGGAAGGUGUGAGUAUGUUUGAUGAGCUUUAAUAAAAAGAGUGGAUCCUGGUAUCAACAAAAUACUAAAUAAAAUACCUAGUAUUCUUAAUCCUGAACAUAUCAGAGCAGAGAAAAUCCUUGAACACAACUACAAAAAACUUUACAUUGUUUUGUAAUGUAGAAGCAAAUUGUAUAAGUGAAAACUGAGCAAAUUCCAGAAAACUAAAGGAAAUUUUUGUAUAGCUUAAUGUAACAACAAGAAUUGUACAGUUCCUUCCUUGUAAUCAGCAUGAAAAUUUCUUUCCAGCAAGCAGGAACUAAAAAGGAUCAUUUGGAUUUAGAUGUUCUUUUAUCAUUGCCUGAAAUAGAUAGGCAGCUUUUGAACUUAGCAUAGGUGUAACCCAAGAACACCACAUGUUAAUAUUUGAAAGAUAAUUCCAUUAAAAUAGAAUAAGUUGAGCAUUUCAUGAUUGUUUUUCUUUACACUGAAAACACCUCAUAUACAUAAUCUGUCCUGUAGCAGAGUGAUGGGGGGCUUUCAUGUCUCUGUACUUAAGAGUUUGUCCUGAAUUCAGAAUGAUAUAUUUUACAGAGAGGGUCCUUUAUGCCAGCUAACUGAUUAGCAAAAUUAAUUGAGCAUGGAAAAGCUUUUUCUGCAGUAAAAUUUCCUUUUUUUUUUUUUUUCUGAGACAGUCUCCAAGAUUGCAAAUCUAAGGAGAGUUGAACUUGCUGUUAUUCAACCUGCUUCCAUUUCAAUAUUGAAAUUUGCUGGUAUCUACAUAUUGUCCUCUAAGCAGGAGAAAUGAAUCCCAGUCAGCACUUUGGCCUUUGUUUUUAUAAUGUCGUAUGGAUUCCGGCCCCCCCCCUCCAGAUGCAGAAUUCCAUCUCCUUCUCACUUUCAUACCCAUUACAUAAAUUAAUUCAAUAAAUAAAUACUUAGAAAUCCAAGUUGCUUCCAACAGUGGUUCUCAAAUCCAAUAUCCAGUAUGGAACCUCACAGUCAGUACUCAAUAACAAGAAGCAGAUGAAAGAGUUUCCUUUCCAAAGGACAUUAGUCUUUUGGGGGCUCAGUAACCACAACAGAUAACCCAGCAAACAGCUUUAAUGGCCCUCAGUCUUUUUAUUUACUCAAAAUUCAUGGAUAUAUAUAAAAGAGCAAGAGAAUGUUAAGGGGUAAGUAGCAGAUGUGUCGUAUUCUCAUUUACACAUUACACAUUGACAGCAGUAUAAUAUGAAACUAGUAGUUUUGUACAAGGUUGUUGAAAGUAUAGUUUCUCAACUCCAAAUUUGCCACCAUACUAGUACAGGAGAGUGAUACAGAGGUAUAAAUGUCUCAUGUAAUGAUAGACUUCUGGUAAAUAUGAAAGAUAUAAAAUGAUAAUUGAUGUUUACUAUUAUAUCUGUAUUUUUUAUGUUCUUUUUAUUUCAGGAAGAUGAUGACAUUUUACUGUUUAUAGUUGACUACAUAGUUACUUGCAUGCCAUGGUGGUGCAGUAGCAGUAAUAAAGCCCUGUUGUGAGUUGUGUUUAUUUCCUAAAGCCAUUCAUACAUCAAAGUACUCAGCUUAAUUUGGAUGAGGACUAAAUGUAAAAAGAAUUAUAAAAAAAAGAACGAUUGUACAGUAUGUAGUUAUAUCUUAUACAGGAAUAUUAGGUUGCAUCUAACCAUCUCUAUUGUUUUGAUAAAUUAUGCACUGAUGAAUUAUGGUAUAAUUAAUUCUUAUACUGGCAUGAUUGUUUCAGUAUUUUCAUAUCUUAAAAUAAGAUUAUUAUCUUAAAAGAAUGCCAUCACAAUCUUGUGACUUUUAUUGCCUAUUCUGACCUCAUAUUACUUAAAACUUUAAAAAUUUCUUUUUAAAACUUCUAUUGGGAACUUUCAACAAGUGCUACUUAUAAUAGGAAAAAAAUCAUCAUUGGAAGACAACUUUCUACCAGUUUUAAAGUUAAUCUGUUCAAAUUAUUAUAAACUGAUGGAACUGGUUUAUAUGAUGCAUACACUUAUGAAAAGGAAAGAACCACUUGUCUGGAAUAUAUUACUCACCCUGUAUUAUCCUCAACCUAAACAUUUCACAUGAGAAAUAUACAGUGUAUGUUUUGUGUAUAUACUGGAAACUCCAUCCACAGAAAGACCAUAUGGUCCUGUAGAACGGUUUUACCUGUACUCACUCAUAAAGGAUUACAUUCCUCUGUAUCUCAACCAGAGUUUAAAAUAUACUUGAAAAGCAGGUGUGAGU